AUGAGGAUGAUGAUCCAGUCCGAUCUCUCCGCGGUGCUCCAUGGCGCGGCUCGAUGCUAUCUUACCCGGAGCGUCUCUGAACACAAACUGGGGGGCAUUUCAGUGGCAGCUGGCUGGCGGCCGGGUCACAGGACCCGCAUCUCUUUAUACAAGCCCGGGACAGACUAUGGGGGACACCCCUGUUUUGAAGAGCAGGACCAACACCAGGAUGAAGAUGCAUUUCAGUGGAUCUCAUCUCAGGCUUGUGUCCUCUGGUCACUCCUCCUCCUGUGUGCCGGGGCGGUCAGCAGUGGGUCAGUGCAGGUCCCGACCUCCGUGACCUGUCCCGAGGGGCAGGACUGUAUCCUGAACUGCACGUUGCUCUACACCGCUGAACGGAGGGACGAGAACCCUGGGGUGACCUGGAGACAAGCGGAAACUGCCCACAUCGUACACAGGAGCUUCAACAGCACAGCCAGGCUCAGGGACCAGCUCUCUCAGUAUGUGAACAGAACCAGCCUGUGUGACGGCGAUGCACGGAGAGGCAACGCUGCCCUGCUCCUCAGGGGGGUCCGACAGGAGGACGCGGGACAGUACAAGUGCACUGUUUCGAGGUUUGGAUCUGGGGUGAUCCGGUUAGAGGUGGUUCCGGGUCCGCCCACGACAGAACCAGCUGAACCCACAACAGCAGAACCAGCUGUGACACCGCGACACCACCUGUGGCUUUUAGGACCGUUUCUUCUUCUUGUAUUUGUGUGUGUGUGGCUGUGUGGAAAACGCGGACUGCUGCAGGAAAGCCCAGCAAUGCUAGAGGAGGCCUGUGUCGUGUGAUACUGACAGGAUCGUGAGACCCAACGGAGUCUGCAAAGCAGCAAAAAAACGUUUCAGAGCCUAGUGAACACGUUACCAUGGUUACACUUUUGCUGCAAGACCUUCUUCAAUGCUGACGCUAUGGGCUCUAUCUAUAUUAUCAUUAUUUAUUUCUUAGCAGACGUCCUUAUCCAGGGCGACUUACAACUGUUACAAGAUAUCACAUUAUUUUUACACACAAUUCCCCAUUUAUACAGUUGGGUUUUUCACUGGAGCAAGUACCUUGCUCAAGGGUACAGCAGCAGUGUCCCCCCCACCUGGGAUUGAACCCACGACCCUCUGGUCAAGAGUCCAGAGCCCCUAACCACUACUCCACACUGCUGCCCUACAUUUUGCCAAGCUCUUUAGAAAGUACCCUCUGUCGUUUUUCAAAAUCUGUAUUUAUCAUGAAAUGUUUUAAUUACUGGUCUACUAAAUGGCUUUUUAUAAAAAAAAUUGUAUUUAGUUUUGAUUGAGCCCGGAGCUGCAUUUUUCAUUGAUAAUAACAAUAAAAUCUCUUUGAAAGAAACCCGGAG